AUGGACAAGAAGUUAGUCAUCUUGAGCAAUUCUUCCAAGCGCUCUGCCUGGGCGUUGAAGGAGCUGUCGAAGUUUGGUUUGGACGCCACAGCCUUCCUGGGCGCCAUCACCUCUGGGGAAGAGGCCUGGAAGGCGUUGGAAAGCGACUGGCCGGGAAAGAGCUGCAUUUGGUUGGCGAAAGCAGAUGGCAGCGGAGUCACUGAUUAUUUGGAGGGCACUGGCGUGAAGCUUGCGUCUGAUGUGAAGGAGGCAGACUUUGUCUUGAACAGCGGGACGAACACCAUCAGGACCAGUAGCAGGACGGAGCACGUCGACUGCGAAAGCACUGGAGACCUGGAGCCUUACCGAGAUUUGUUUCAGCAUGCUAUAGCCCGAGGUUUGCCAAUGCUGUGUGCCAACCCAGACUUCCGUUCCCCCGCCAAGCCUGGCGCCAAAGAGACCUUUCAGCCGGGCCAUGUGGCGCGCCUCUACGAGGAGUUGGGUGGAGUAGUGACCUACUAUGGCAAGCCCUGCGCAGCUCACUUUGAGGCUGCCCGCAGGCUGCUGGGAGCGGAUGCCGUUGCACACGUGGGCGACUCAUUUUUCCACGACGUUUGUGGCGCAGCAGCAGCCGAGAUCCCUGUAGUCUUCGUGGCAGGAGGCAUUGAUCACCAGGAGCUGGGCAUUCAGCCGGGUGAGCUGCCAACGACUUCCGCUCUGCAAAAGCUGGUGGAGCAACACCAGGUGAUGCCCAGCCACGUGGUCCACGUGGUGCCCUUGGCCAUGUGGACCUGA